AUGUCCAUCGAAAACCUCAAGACCUUCGACCCCUUCGCCGAAGCUGACGAAGACACCGGCGAGACUAAACAGUCUCAGAAUUACAUCCAUAUUCGGAUUCAGCAGCGCAAUGGUCGUAAGACUCUGACCACUGUUCAGGGUCUUCCAAAGAAGUUUGACCAGAAGAAAAUUCUGAAGGUCAUCAAGAAGAAGUUCGCUUGCAAUGGCACCAUUGUUUCCGACACCGAGAUGGGUGAGGUGAUUCAGCUUCAAGGAGAUCAGCGUAAGGAUGUUCAGGAGUUCUUGACCGACAAGAAGGAAGGCCUUGAGCUGGAUGCCAAGACCAUCAAGGUCCACGGUUUCUAA